AUGGCUGGAUUGUGGCAGCAGCCCUGCUAUCUGGGGCAGGGUCGAGUUCUGGCUCUGCUGCACUUGAUCUGUCUUCUUUCCCCAGCCACAGGUGCUCUUCCUUGGGAUAACACAGGUGGCUCGUCCCCUCUGGAGCAGUUUGAGGUGGUGAAGGGGAAUUUUUCUCGGACUUUCCUUCACGUUGGCUACCAUAAGAUUGCAGAGAUUCCUGCAGGAGCAUGCAACAUCAGCAUCCAGGAGACCAAAAAGAGCCAAAAUUAUCUGGCUCUGCUCAGCCAACGUGGUGUCUCCAUCAUCAACGGAAACUGGCUAAUCAAUAGACCCGGGAUCUACGCUGCUCUGGGAACAUAUCUGACAUAUCGACGACCCAAUGAGAUCCGGUCUCGUAAUGGAGAGUCCAUCACUGCACCGGGGCCGCUGACUGAGGACCUGCAUGUCUAUCUGAUUUACCAACAACCAUUUCCUACUGUGCAAUAUGAAUACAGCAUGCCUUUAAACCAAUACCUAGCUCCUGAGCCAGGUACACCUUCUGCUGUUCUUCCCCUGGGUGAGGAGGCAUGGCAUCCCAACCAGCUUCCCUCUUACCAUACUGUGAACUCUGAGUCUCACGUCACCUACACCUGGAUGAAAAACGGGCACACAGAGUGCAGCACAACCUGCGGCACUGGCAAGCGUCAGGUGGUCCUGGAGUGUGUUGAGAAGGAUUCCCAGACGGCUGUUCCCGCUGACGUUUGUCACCCUGCCAUUGAAACAACAAAGUGGGAAGAAGACUGCAACAUACAGCCCUGUCCUGCAUACUGGGACGUAGGCGAGUGGUCAGAGUGCAGUAGAAGGUGUGGACCUGGGACCCAGCAUCGCCAGGUCAUCUGCCGCCAAGUCACCGACGUUCACGCCAGUGGGACAGAAACUUCAGUUACUGUGACGUCAGAGCUGUGCGGUUCAUCUGACAUGCCAGUGACCCAGUCUACGUGCCAGCUGAAAAUCUGCAGUCAGUGGGAUAUACGAUCAGAGUGGAGCCCUUGUUCAGUACCAUGUGGAGUUGGCCAGCGCACCAGGGAGGUGGUGUGCGUGAGCAACCAGGGCGAUGUGGAUGAUGAUCAGGAGUGUAACAUGAACCUGAAGCCAGACACUAUACAGAACUGUGACAUGGGACUUUGUGCACGCAGCUGGUUCACCUCUAUCUGGAGCCAGCGGUGCUCUGCAGAGUGUGGUAGAGGCAGUCGAACCAGGUCUGUAGUAUGCCUGAUGGAUCUUGUGACAAAUCUGCCUUUGGAUAGCUGUGAAGGGGAACGCCCGCCAGAAGUGACAUCAUGUGAUUCAGGGCCAUGCCAAAAUCGUCUGGAAUGGUACACAGGACCUUGGAGUCAGUGUUCUGCAGAGUGUGGGAAUGGCACGCAGACCCGAAGUGUGGCUUGCAUUUUCAACAGCGAUGGUCAAAUGGAAGUUGUGGACCAGUUAAAAUGUUCCAGUCUUUCGAAGCCAAUCACAUCUCAGCCCUGCAGACUGAAGCCAUGUGGUGUCCAGUGGUAUGUUACGGAGUGGAGUGCGUGUUCACGGACCUGUAAUGCUGGCUUCCGCGUGCGCGAGGUCCGUUGUCUUGCUGACAACAUCGUCCCAAGCGAUCGCUGUGAUCCCAGCUUAAUCCCGGAGAGUCGAGAAGAAUGCAACGAACAGCCUUGUGUAGCUGAAAUAGAUCCAUUAUGCAGUGAUAAGUAUCAUAACUGCAUGGUGGUGGUUCAAGCCAGACUGUGUGUUUACUCAUAUUACAGAAGUGUCUGCUGUGCGUCCUGCUCUCGUGCCCAGGAAACACACCCCAACUCUUUUCAAAACAAUCACAUACACAGGUGA